GUCAUAAGAAUGUGAGCUCAGGCGUCUCUGGCCGGGAGUCAAGUGCCGCGAGGAAGGACGUGAGGAUCUCGACUCCCUCAACCUCUGUCACAGAUCCUCCUGGCGCGUGGCCACGCACCGGGGUCCGCUAUUUAAGCCGGACUCGGCCGACCGCCCCGUUACAAGCCGGAGAGACUCGAACACAAGCGAGGGACGGGGUGAAGCAUCCCGAUAACCGUUUCGUUCGUCGUAAUGGAGUUGGCGCGCAACACCUCCGCGCCUUCUUUGAAGCUGACCAACCGAAUCGCCUUGCCCGGUGGAAGCGACAGCAACGCGUAUUUGUACAUCAUCAUAGUGCUAUCUUUCUACGGAGUCUUCCUCACUGGGAUCAUGCUCGGUUACCUGCGCACCAAGCGGCGCGAGAAGAGGCGCACGAACGCGUUCACGCGGCUCCUGCACGAGGAGGAGCAGCGCGAGUGGGGCGCGAGCGAGAAGAAGCACAGCUUCAGCCUCCCCGCGUUUCCCGCCCUGCGCUCCGCUCCGGUGCCGUUCGCGCUGGCCGCGGGCCGCGCGCUCGACGGCGGCAGGGUCCUCGCGCCCCUGGCGUGCGCGCUGUGCUCGGUGGAGCAAAGCAGCGCGAGCUCCCUCAGCUCCGUCGCCGACGUGCGCUUCGCCAUCGAAGAGGAGUCAGACAGCGGAGGAAACGAGGAUCCGCAGAAAGCGGACCUCGGCGGUGACGGACCGUCCCGGGAAAACCUCAAAACGGCGCGCUGAGGACCCGUUGCUAUGGCGACCGCAGUUCCCUCCCGAACGCAACGAUUAGCCUAGUUAGUGUUACUUCAAAUAAAACUGUUUUAAGUUGGUACUAUAGAUAGCAAUAAAAACGAACGCUUCUUGUACCGCUUUAAAUCUUGCGUUAAUUUAUUGAGGUUUUACUGUCGUAAAUAACUGUAGUAAAUUGGCGGGAACUGUGGUUCGGGUGAUAAAAGUUCUCCGAAGCGCCUGAUUAGAAAGUAUGAACUCUUGCGCCAGAAGCAGAUUUUUACACGAGCACAUAACUUGCGAUGUAAAUCGGAUUUGACACGUCUUGGAAUACGAUGAACUUGUGUUACUAGAAGUGUAUUUCCUCGCGUGCUUGCGUGAAGUACGUUUCGGGCCUUAAACGCGAUGUAAACAUUGCGAUGAACCUGGAAGCCACUUGAAAAAAAAACUCAUUUUUACCUAAUAAAGGCCUAUAUCAUCAUUCACACAGAUGUGUAAAUUGUUUUGAAAAAAAAUGUUAAAUGAUCUGUAUAUAUUGUUCUGCGUGCAUGGAUGCGUCUAUUUAAAAUUUUUACCGUAUUUUGUGUAAACGAAAUAAAAUGUUUUUUCUUGUGAA